AUGGCCUUGAGCGAGGACGCAGCUACCGCCGCCCGGCGCAUUCCCAAGGAUGAAUCGGCACCCCUCCGCACCGCUCUGCCGAACAGGUCCGUCGUGGCGUCCAAGAACGAUAAUUCAAAUCUCAGGGCUCGAUCGCCUCCGCCUGAAGAGGGGAUUCAAUGCGGCAGGUCCCCCAGUCCUUUGAAGCCAAGCCAUCUUGACAGGAGCCCAUCCAUCACCCACGCCCCGACUUCUCAUCCCAUCAGUCCCGCUUCUUCUGCCCAUGAGCGUCUGCAACCAGACGGCAUGUUGGAUUCACCAAACCAGAGCUGCGGACCGGUUCAGACCCAGGCUGGUCAAGUCUGCAGCAAUUGCGGAACAAGCAGGACUCCUCUCUGGCGGAGGUCGCCUCAAGGGGCUACCAUCUGUAAUGCAUGUGGUCUGUACCUGAAAGCUAGGAAUGCUGCUCGCCCGACCAACCUGAAGCGGCCGCCGACAAUAGUACCAAGCGGGUCACAGUCGGCGACGGGCUCGACAUCUCCCAAAGAAGCCAGCCCGCAGGCUGCUCAACAAGCUGCCGGGGCCAAGUAUGUUGCCGCGGACCAAACGUCCAAAGGGACGUGCCCUGGCGGUGGCCGGUGCAAUGGCACGGGAGGCGCGGAAGGCUGCAGCGGCUGCCCGGCAUACAACAACCGGGUUGCCAAGAGCGCAAGUCUGAACGUCCUCCAGGGCCGGCAAUCUACCCCGAGCAAAGUAGAGCCCGGUGUCGCGGAUGACUCGAAUGCCAUUGAUAUUGCAGCUUUGCAGAGCCAGGCGCAAAACACGACCGUGGUCAUUGCCUGCCAGAAUUGUGGAACCACCAUCACACCCCUAUGGAGGAGAGAUGAGCAAGGCCACACGAUUUGUAAUGCAUGCGGUCUCUAUUACAAACUCCACGGCGUCCAUCGGCCUGUCACGAUGAAAAAGUCGGUGAUCAAAAGGAGAAAACGAGUUAUACCGGCCCCUCACGACGGUGGCCAUGAGGGUAGCGCCCCGGUCGAGUCGGUCGAGUCGAGCUCGCCGCCACCCGACAUGUCCAGUGCGCGCGGCUCGAUGAACCCUGAUGGGUCGGUCAACCUCGGCAUGCGACGGCGGGAAGAACACGAAGCUCUCCAGCUGGUCCCCGAAAGCGUCCUCCGGCAGAACCGACCGUCGCCGCCCUUGCCGUCUGGGGACCUGACCCAAUACCAAUCUUCUCAGCCACGGCACCAUCGCGAGUUGGCCCCGGACUCCCUCAACGACGACAACCGGUUGGCCCCGAUCACCUCCCUCGCAGGGAGCGCGGGCCGGCAGUCCUCACUUUCUCCCGCAUCGUUUCUCUCACCGACUAGGAAACGCUCUUUCGGCGAGGCAGGACAUCCCAGCUCGGGCGAAUCCGAAAGCAACAAGCGGCUGUCAUCAAUCAAGUCGAUACUGAACCCGACCAACGUCCCGAGAGCGCCGAGUAUGUCCCCAAGGAUGAGGGUCGCCGAGGAGCUGGCACAACAGCGAAUGUAUCAGGGAUCACCAGCCGCCACGUCGGCGUCAGCCCCGAGUCCUAACAUGUACCCGACCGCAAGCCUGGCAGCCCCGCCGGAUCAGCAAUACCUGCACUCGAGGAGCGGAAGUGGCGAGAGUGACCCAUCCAAGGCAGAGAAACGGGCAGCCCUGCAGAGGGAGGCGGAGAGAAUGCGAGAGCUCCUCGCAGCAAAGGAGAGAGAGCUUGCGGAGUUUGGUAAUUGA